GGUUUACAAGAUGGCGACUUCCAGCAGAAAUCUCCGUACCGAAGUUACCGAAGUUGCGAGCAGCGAUGCCGGUCCCACGAAGGCCGAAAUUCCCGAGAAUGCCUGGAUGGUGCGGCCUUGCGAGUGGUACCUGGAAGAGUACAAGGACUGCAAAAGCAUAAGAGCCAGAUUCCACCAGUACUUUGUUUUCGGCAGCACCAUUGACUGCGAGGACUGGUCCAAGGAUUACGGCAAUUGCCUCAAGUUCAGGGCAGAGAAGGACGUGGAUGCGCUCCGAUCGGUGGUGGAGAGCGAGGAGAAGCGCAAGAAGGAACGGCUGGAUGCCUCGCUCCGGAACGACGUCUGGGACCUGCGGUCGGAGCCACCCAAAGACUGGAACGGGCCGCUGCCAGACUGGAUGGAGCAGAGGCUCAGCAACUCCUACCUGGGCGCCAAGGGAUCGGGCGAGGCCGGAGCUCUCGCAAAGAGCACCUGCUGCAUCUCGUGACUGCGUGCCCUAGGAAUUCUUUUCAGUUGGGGGUAGUGGACGUUUUGGGGUAGCUCGCGAAUAAAUUGGGAUACGUCUUUGUGCCGAGGCACUUCGAA